GACGUGACGUGCCGUGCGUCGAUAGUGACGUACGUGUGCGGUGAGCAAACAAUUUUUUCUCACGCGAAAAGCUGCAUGUUGCUCGAUUGCUAAUCUAAUUCCAAAGAAAAUGCACUGAUACAUUUACAUACGUUGGCCUUUUAAUUAAAUUACUUACUGUGCCUAUACCCUUUGAGAUACUUUCGUCAUUGGAAGACUCGACGGUUACCAAAAUGAGUUUAGUAGGAAAAAAGUGCGAAUCAAUAUCCCUAUUGGAAUCGAAUACAGAAGACGUAAUACCAAGUGAUAUUACUCCUGAAGAUGUUUUAAGGCUGGAUAGAAUCACUGACACAUAUCUGUGCAGCCCUGAGGCUAACGUAUACGAUAUAGAUUUUACUAGAUUCAAGAUCCGCGAUCUAGAAAGUGGGACAGUGUUGUUCGAGAUAGCGAAACCGCCGACGGACUUCGGUGUGGACAGCGAGGGCGCCGAGGAUGCUCCCGAGGAGCCCUUAGACCCGAAUGCGGGCAGAUUCGUGCGAUAUCAGUUCACCCCGCAAUUUUUAAAGUUGAAGACUGUUGGGGCAACUGUGGAGUUCACGGUGGGUUCGCGUCCUGUCAACCACUUCAGAAUGAUCGAGAAGCACUUCUUCAGAGACACCCUGCUGAAGACCUUUGACUUUGAGUUUGGAUUCUGCAUUCCGUUCUCCAGGAACACUUGUGAACACAUAUAUGAGUUUCCUACACUGCCACCAGAUCUAGUUGAAGAGAUGAUUGCAGCACCAUUUGAGACAUGCUCCGACAGCUUCUACUUUGUUGACAACCAGCUGGUCAUGCAUAACAAGGCUGAUUACGCCUACAAUGGAGGUAUCAACAACUAAAGGUGCACUGUAAUGUAACAGGCCAUAUUUUGUAAAUCUGUGGCCACUUGGCCAGUAACUAUGCGUGUCAUGC